AUGUUAGACCGAUUUCUAGAAGUGUAAGAACAGUUAUUCAAGAAAAAAAUUUGCAAGAUAUCGAUGAGCGAAAGUGGUACUACCCGACAUCAAUAUGUACCUCCUGCCGUGUGAUGUGCACUGUUCCCAGUGAAACGUGGGCAAGACAACACUUGUAUAAGUACAAAUACGACUAUAAACAGGUGACCAGGUGUGUCAGUAUCUGCCACUGUGAAGUAUGCAGUGCAUCUAAGUUUGUGAAAGGAAGAAACCUGCCAGGAGUCACUCCCAAGAAAUUCAAGCCAGGCCGUCCGAAGAAAGUGCUGUCAGAUACGAUUAAGGUGGUUCGAAUCUGCAAAGUUUGUUUAACGGAAAUAGGGCGAGGAAGAAAGCAUGGAUGCAAUUCUUCUCGGCGAACAGAAAACUUAUCAAUAAUGUUGAAGGAAAAGAAUUCUUCACAAAAAUUAGCGGAAGCAGCAGUGUCUGAAUUUCUAGCGGAAAAAGUGUCAUCUUCCGGAUCCAACAAUAUUCGUCUUUCUAAUCGUCGUGGUAAGCAGUCAGUAUACCAUAAAACAUCACCCGUCACAACAUCAAAUGAUCAGAACAAAAUUAGCUCGAAAAACAUGUUCAAGUUGAAGAUCUCAAACUCCUUAAGCAUGCGGAAAACUCUGGGCAUUAUGAAGGGUCUGAAACAUUCAGGGAUAAAAGUUGAAGCAGGAACUAAAGUUAAGCUUUGGAAAAUGAACUCGGAAUUAUGUAAUUUUUUCAGUAUCAUAGAGCUUGGUGAUGUUUCUGGAGCCGAGACCACAAACCUUGGUCAAUACGCCUUUACACCGGUAAUAUAUUGUAACAAUGUGGCCGGCUUGAUUGAGCAUGUGAAGAAAUCCAGGGAAGGCAAUGAAGAGCAUGGACACUACAUCAAACUCGGCAUCGAUGGUGGUGGUGGAUUCCUGAAAGUUACCCUAUCCAUCCUAUCAAGAGACCCUCCUCCAGCUCGUUCCUCGAACUCCUUCAAAGAUAGUGGUGUUAAGCGGUUGCAUAUCAUUGCAUUUGCUCCGAAUCUCCCGGAGAAGUACGAAUACAUUUCGUUAAUUUGGAAUAACCUUUUAAAUCUGAACGCUUUGGAGUACACUGUCGCCGGCGAUUUAAAAAUAAUAAACGUUAUCGUAGGAAUCAUGGCGCACUCUUCAUCCUAUCCAUGUCCGUACUGCGAAAUAGCAAAGAAAGACCUGGCAGUACAAGCUGGAAUACUGGAAGCUGGAUUUGAAGAUUUGGAAGAAGAUUUGAACAAGUUCAUAGAAUGUUGGGAAGAACUGAACCUUCCAAAAUCAUCAAAAUACCACAUAACAAAAUUCCACGUAAAAGAUUUCUGCCAUAUUACUGGUCGCGGCUUGGGCUGGCAUAAUGAGCAGGCGUCGGAAUCUGUGCAUAGCGAUUUUAAACUAACCCGGGAGCGAUACAAAACAGUACAAACAUCGAAGGUGUAUAAAUCUCAUAUUUUACGCGCAGUUGUAGAUUACAACAGUGGCCAUCUGUAGUAAUUAUUUGAAUUUUGCAUUGAUAAACACAGAAAUAAAUGAAAAGAAAACUAAAAAAAGUAUUUUUGAUUUGAUAAUAACAUAAUUGCCUUCCUUAGUCGUGCGGUAAGAUGCGCGGCUACAAAUCCAGACCAUGCUGAAGGUGGCUGGACUCAUUCCCGCUCAGGUCCAGGUAAUAAUAACCUUGGAAUUGUUUUAUUAACCCAGAUGUGAGGCGGCAAUGUCCCAGUAGGGGAUGAAAAGCCAACAACAAGAAGAAGGCAAUCGAAGAAUUAAGGGUACUGAUUGUUACACUAUUCGGUCUAUUUGAUAAGCUGUUCGAAAAUUGAAGCAUUUAUUUAUUGUUGGUUUCACGUAACUACAUCAGCUCAAGGAUUCACCACCCUGUUUUUGGUCCUUCAUAAAGUAGAUUUAACAACUUGAAUCUACAUGCAGAAUUAGAAUACUGCUUGGAUGUUUGUAAACUUAGAACUUAGAACAUCUAUAUAAAUGAGAACUAAAACAUUUAGUUGAUUUUCAAUGCGUUUUUCGUCAAAAACUUAAAAACGGCAUAACUUGAAAAUCUCACCAACGAUUUUUUUAAAAAUUUGUCCAGAACCGUAGAAUUAUAGUAGGAAUCGAAUGGAGCCUACCGUUUGAAUGGUAUAUUUUUUUUCAUAAUAACGGUAAAUGAAGCACCGUGUAAAUGUUAUACAUAUC